GACGGCUCCACCUGCCUGCACCAUGCGGCCAAAAACGGGAACCUGGAGAUGGUGGAGCUGCUGCUGAGCACGGGGCAGGUGGAUGUCAACGCACAGGACAACGGGGGCUGGACCCCGAUCAUCUGUGGCUGAGCACAAACACAUCGAGGUCAUUCGGCGGCUGCUGACGCGCGCGGCCGACGUCACCCUGACCGACAACGAGGAGAACAUCUGCCUGCACUGGGCGUCGUUCACGGGCAGCGCCGAGAUCGCCGAGGUUCUGCUGAACGUGCAGUGCAACCUGCACGCCGUGAACUUCCACGGGGACACCCCCCUGCACAUUGCAGCCAGGGAGAGCUACCACGACUGUGUCAGCCUGUUCCUGUCCCGUGGUGCUGACCCCGAGCUGCGGAACAAGGAGGGCGACUCCCCCCUGGACCUGACCCCCGAGCGCUCCGAUGUUUGGGUCACGCUGCAGCUCAACAGGAAACUGAGGCUGGGGGCGGCGGGCAGGGCGCUGCACACCGAGAGCAUGCUCAUCUAA